UUGAAAAUCGCACCGAGUUCGGCAUCAGUCGCUUAGCCGGAAGUAGUCGAUCAAAGUAUGGACCAUCCAGACCGCAGGCGCAGAAAUCGACUGCAGCGUCUCCUAUCUUGUGUCAUGUUUCGCGCCAAGGUCGUACGUAGAAGUGACCACCCCAUGGAGCAGGAGUCGCGGUUCUGCUUCAGCCUGUACUGAUCAAAGCCGCACCGGGAGUUCCUUCAGCGUUGGAUGUUCGGGGUGUGGUGUAUCGAAGUCUGGUUGUGAUACACGCGCGACACGGGCACCUCGCCUUUGCGUGCGAGUACAAAAUGUGUCGCUCGGAUUACUUGCCGCCAGCUAGGGGAGCGCCGCUGCACGGACCACAGUGAAGAGGCCCCCUUUUGACAGCAAUUUACUCCAGGACCAGCAGCGAGAUAUAUCCUCGCAAUAUGCGUCACAAAUAGGCGGCAGACAUCGUCGACAGCAGACAACUGCCACAGCCGGGUGAAAUGAGUGGCAGGCCGAGUUCCGGCGGCGGCGGCGGAGGCACACACCGUCAUCGUCGACACGGCUCCUCCGGUUCCUCCAGUCACAAUCGCUCAGGCAGCGGGCAGAGUAUAGAAUCCGCCGAUUAUCACCAUCAUCACCACCAUGGGAGGGAGCGAAAGCAUGUUGGGCAUCAUCGGUCCAAGUCUGGUGGUGUGCACGAUCGUGAACGCACUGAGAGUACUUCUUCACAACUGUCCAAUCGAUUGGAGUUCCGCUCCCAGAUGAUUGGAGGCGGUGACACGCACCCAUUGCGGCCGACUAGCCUCUAUCCAUUGAAGAACAACGAUGGGGUUGUUCUUGGUCCCGAAGCAUUGCAACCCGAACGCCAGCCGCUUAACUUCGAGGUUAAUUUGGUCGGUGCCCCGCCUGAAGUCGAGCAGCUGGUGCAGAACAUCAAACAGGUUGCUGAGCAGUUCUUGUAUCACUGGAAAACGUUUCCUAUAAUUCUUCCCAGUCCAGUCGCACAAAUGGAUUCGUUUCCAACAUCAAACGUCCCUUCUGACGGCUCACUGGGCCGUUCCAAGUGCAAGUACCAUCUGCGUGAUCUAUUCGUGACGCCGUCCUUCGACGAGCUGGAUGCUGUGGCUGUGGACAGCAAGGGUGAGACGCGUAAGCUCACCGGCAAGCAGCUGGAGUACAUUCGCGAGCGUGGCCUGCAUAAGGAUAAAUACGGCAAGCCAAAGCGGCUCAACUAUCAACAACUCGACUCAAUCAGACGCAAAGGGGAUUUUGAAGUGGAAUCUCUGAACUUUCCGGGUCAGCAGCAUCGCUGGAAACUAUCGCAGCUUCUUCAGAAAGGCACCGAACGAAGCAAGGAAUCACUGUUGAAUGAUAUGGCUCUGGCGUUGCGUUUUCUCUUUGUCACCGCGAAAAACCGCAUGUUUUCGCACUUUUUUUCGGUCUCGGAAGCUUUACGUUCUUUACUGGAAGGUCUAUUGAGGAUUCUGGAUGUUCUUAUUGGCAUACCAAGUUUGCAGGCGCAUAAUUUAGACGCUAAGAUAAGAGAGGAGCGGAGUAAAUAUUUAGUCGCCGAAUUAGUUUGUCGAUCUGAAAAUGAAGAUUCCCUAGAGAUGUUAUGUCUGUACGUGCGUAAACAACUACGACGCGCUGCCACAGAAAAGUUUGAAGUAGCACGAGAAUGUUCUCAGUCACCAGCGUCACUUCCCUAUCGUUUCCUAACACCUGCAGGCGGUGAGCUGGAUCUACGGCUGUGGGAUCGCAACUUGAUGCGUCAAACACUCCCAACGCUUAUUGGAAUCUUAGAGCGGGAGACUCGCGGUUGGUUUCUACACUUCCGCGAACGUCUCAUUGCCGAACUGCGCGCACAAAAAUUACCCGACGAGGACAUCGAACGUGAAGUCAAUGAAGCUGUAAUGAAAGAGUAUCUUCAGCGUGUUUACAACUCGAUACUCACCAACGCUGAAAUCAACGCACUGGGCGAUGGAAUUGCCUCGUUGCUUGUGGAACAAGCACAGAGCGUGGUUUUGAUGCAUCGCGCUGUUGAAAACGUUCAGCGCCGCUUGCACAAAAGCCAGGAAGCGGUUAAAAGUCGCUUGUGUACCGACCAUCCGGUAUUAAGUCGUAUUAGUCCAUGGUUGAGGUCGCGUCUUGGCGCCGCUGAGUUGAAGUUUAGUCUUGAGCAUCAGUGGAGCGCGCAUGAGGAAGCUCUCGCACUCUGCCAACAACAAAAACUCGCACAGACUAUAUACUUUCUUAACAGGGAUCUUGCUUUCAUGAAAGAACGCGAGCCUGCUUUACUUCGGGAACUACGCAAAGUAAAAACACCGACGAGGAACUUCCUUUGGCCCACACAGAUUUGGUUGCCAAUCAACUGGAUCAUCCGUCGAAAUUUUCAGGGUCAGAGCGAGGUAGUCCCGACAGUUUUAUCGCGUCAGGCGACAAGUAUCACCACACCACGCUCUGAUCCUAGUCAACCAGUGUUUCUGGUUGAGAAGGAGGUGGUUCGCACGACCACUACACGCUGGCCAAUGUGGCGCGCAUUUAACUACUUCCAUCGCACCUGGUGCUGGACGUGGAACGCCAUGUUUUUCUUUGGUAUUCUGAUCCCUUGGUGUAGUCCAGUCGGGUUGCGUGCACUCUUCUUGUUGGAACCAUUCAUGCCAGACUUGGAGUUAUCUCAGGUGAACGGCACGCUCUUCCCGCGAAAGAGCAGUCUCACUUCAACGCUCUGCUCGCGCUUGAUCAGCCUCUGGCGGCACAUUUCAAAAUCGCGCACCCAUUUCGAAACUAAACCGGACACGGGAUUCAUCGGGAAGGGUCUCACACGGCACACAAACCGUGUGUGGAAUUAUUUCAUCAAGGGACUGUUUGGUACCAUUGGGCUGGUGUUUGUUUUCCCACUGCUGUCACUCAUCGUGAUUCUCGGUUGUUUCUUCAUCGCUGCGACCGCGAUUCUAUGGAUGCCGGUGUUAACUCUGGGCGUACAGCUUACGAACGGUCUGAUCUACGAUUUGGACAGUCCGGAGCCACAAAGAAAUCGCAUUUUUGUCCUGAUGGAAGCGCUUAUAUGGAAUAUUUUAAUCCAGGGCUGUAUUCAACCGAUAUUGGCGAUUUGUGUCGCUGUUAUUGUGUGUCCGUUGGUUUCACUGAUCAUCCUAGCCGGAGGAGUAACUAGAUAUUGGUUUAGACUACUCUGGGACGCCGCAAUUUUUCAUGGGUUAAUCAAAAAGCGCGGCAGAAUACCCGCGAGCGACAGUUUCGUGGUGAAACGCAUUGCUGGUCCCGGUCUGGCUUCCGACUAUUACUUCCAAAUUACGCCGGAGCAAGCUCUGGCUGCUUUUGAAGCGAAAAUGGAGCUGGAUGAACUAGCCGCCUACCAGGCAGUGGUUGAGAGCCGCAUCGUGCAACCACAGAAAGAUUUCUCACAUUUCGUAGAGGCUUGUUUUGGUAGUUUCUCUAUCCAACUUGCGAAAAAUGGUCCGUACAAAACACUGGAGAAAGAGGGUCACGAUUUGAUCGCAAUGCUGCACGAGAAACUCGAACGACGUCGACGAGACCUUCAAACGGGGUUGAAUGCAAGCAUCAAAGCCAAGAUCAAAUUAUCUACCAAUGAAUUAAAGAUUGCCAUCCAGCAGGGAGCUCUGAUGUUGGAGAGAUUUUAUCCCAGUCACAUCCUUCCAAAACUCUGCUGUAGUGAGGAGCAGUUUUGGGAAGACCAUGCUCUCUCAGUGGGUGAUUGGGCCGGCUUGGCAAGUCUUCUCUACACGGAGCUAUUCAGUUUAGAUAUCCUCACACCAUUGGAUCAUACCGAUACUUCGUUCCGGUUGGACCCGCACCCCAAUGCGGAUAUUAGCCGUUACACCGAGAUGGUCCAUAGCGCGCAGCUAGGUGCAGCUGGGCCGGACCUUCUCGGGAAUGUUUACAUGCCCAGGGGGAACAUUCAAGUGCAUUCACCUUAUUUAGAGGUGUCUGCAUUUAACCCGCGAAGCAAGCUCACAGCAACUGGCAAGAAAGCCGAAAAACGAAUGGAGUCUUCCUCUGCAUUAAACUCGUUGCGAAGCACAAGAACCACCAGUCUGAGAAUGCCGUGGAAGAAAACUACCAAGCCGUACUCGCCUGACAAACUGCUAAUCCCGCUGCCGGUGCCUCAUCCAACGCAUAUCGCCGUCACGAUCUACAACCGCGACACGGACAAUCCGAUUCCUCUGGAGACUGAGAUCUGCCAGAGCAUUCUGCGCAGCAUUGAGGAGAGUCAUCCGUCUCCAGACGAUAGCGCUGCAUUCAGCAGCAGAUAUCGGGAUGGCGACGUGGAGACGACCAGCUCCAGCUCCGAGACAGUGGAUACACCCAACACGGCCAUUGUGAACACCAAUGACUGCGCCUCCGCCGACGGCGUCUACCAAUGGACGCUGAGCAACUGGGGCCAGCGUAAACGCAACAAUUCGGGCAGCGUGCGCGUGGACCUCGCCAGUCCUGAAGACGUCACUCUAGACAGCGAUAGCACGCGCGUCGUUUUCAAUACGUACGGCACCACCGUGUAGGCGGUGAACGCUGCACUACUUGCCAACAUUUUUCGUCCAUUCAGCACAGCGCCCGAUAGAUACUCGGAAGUGAUUUAACGAAUGAUACUCAAGACGCGAGCCGGAAUUGCUUACUCGAAUCGUAGCCAUACCUCGAACAAAUUUUACCAAACCAAAGAACAUCAUUUAUUUAUUAAUACGCUUAAGUUCCUUUUUAUUUUCGUACGUUUGACGACAGUGCGUGUCAAGAGAGGAGGAAAUGGUCGAAAGUUGCUCCCUAUUUUUAUAUUCAUUACAAAUCUAGUUAGGAUUGGUAGAUUGGUCGGGCGAGAAACACCAAUCAGUUUCAAUCAAUGAACUAGAUUAAAAUUCAACUGCACCUAAACGCUAGCCUGAGUAAGCUAGCUGAGAACGUAUCUAAUCGCGUAAUUAUCUCAUAAACUAGCCAUGCGCAAUGCAGGCGAACGUAGCUACCUAUGCACGCUAAAAUUUAUUGGCGCAUCGUUACGAAAAUACAUACUUCACUUUGCUAUGCUAAGGUUAUUAUGAAUCGUUAAUUGUAUAAGAGAAGACUUUAAAUGUUACGAGUACGUUUCAAAUAUCUAGCGAGACGACGUUGAUUAAUGCAUUAAUUCGCUAAAUUAUUAUUACCGCCGAGGUGUUGGAUUUUUCAUUUUCCAGCUGACUGAUCAAGCCUUGCUUCCAAACUCGUUUUUGUACAACUCCGAUAUUCGAUAGUCGCACAAAUUGCAUCAUCACACUGAGUCGAAAUUAAUUAACGAAUACACAAGCAAUAUUUUCGGCGAGUCUGUUUGCACGCGUGCAUUUACCAAUCAAUUAGCAUUGUACUAAACUAGUGACGUAUUUAUUAACUACAUUACGAUUUGCAACCUAUACCCACAAACAUUAUACACUUUAGGGAGUUAAGCGUAGGAUAAGCGGUACAGUAUCAAAAAACGAUGAGGGACUAGUUUGGUUUUUCUAGUCACGUAUAACAAACUGAUAAAAUGCUUUUGAUCGGUUCAAUAAUUAAUGUAACAAACAUUGAUAAUUGAUGUGUUCAAUAGCACUCGAAACGAUAUCCACUGAUUGCUUCCGAAGAGGUCUCUUCCGACUUAUUUAUUCAAGCAGAUUUAUUCAUCGUAGGAGCAGUGUAAAUAUAAUGAAAGCUACUCACAUUAUGAACAACAUUGUUUACUGACAUAUUUACAAUGUAUACAUUUACAGACGGUUGUUUUUUACAUGGACCGUAUCCUAAGAUUCAAUCUUUUGGUAGGGCUUGUUUUUUUCGACUUUGAUUUCGAAAUUAUCACUUUGUUAUCAGCUCGUCAUCCGAUAACAGUACACAUUUUCUACUUACAUGCAUGUUUAAUGUACAAAUGCAUCAAAUAUGCUUUGAAGCAUCACAUCACAGAUUAGGCGACAAGAAACAUAGAUGACCAACAACCUACGAACAGCGUGUAUUGAAUUGACGAGAUACAAAAGAAUACUGGGUUCAUAUAUUGUCAAAUAUAAAUUAAUUGUUAAUUUAGUAAUCUGAGGUACGCCUCGUCCCUUUACUGUAUUUUGUUUCUUGUCGUGUGUAGUAUGUGCCCGACCUGGGCAGACUCAUUUUGUAUCUGAAACUGAAAUUGAUUUGAAUUAGUUUAAGCGUAAUUUUAGUCAUCAUUUUGUUAUCGUAUUUCUAUAGCAAUUGCGUGGCUAGUGCAAGUUUUUAUUGUUUUCAAAUUAAUUGUAUGCAGUGUCUAGGUUGUUUGUUACGGAGAACUUUUGUUGCACAAAAACAUUUCCUGGAAGGUCAAAAAAUGGACUGCAGAUUGUGAAACCAAUUAAAGUGACAGUGCAUUCAAAUUUAA